UUCUGAUAUUAUAGCGUAUAGCGUUUGAACGAACACGUGUACUGUUUUCUCGCGUGAAGUUGAAAAUAAUAAAAUAUUCACAGAAAAGGCAGGAAGCUAUUAAAAUGGAGAUCGAUGAUAGCAUAGUGAAGGACGAAAAUAUCGAUGCUCCAGAAAUCAGUUAUGAGGAAAAGCUGCGAUUUGUGAACGCUAUUUCCAAACCCAUGGCACCGAAGAAGCUAACCAAAAAAAUUUACAAAUGUAUAAAGAAAGCAUCCAAACAUAAGACGUAUUUACGCAAUGGUUUAAAGGACGUGCAAAAGCAUCUUCGCAAAGGUGAAACGGGUUUGGUCGUCUUUGCUGGAGAUGUACAUCCCAUAGAUAUUAUGUGCCACUUACCGAUUGUAUGUGAAGACAAAAACAUUCCCUAUUGUUUCACUCCGUCGAGAAUGGAUAUCGGUUCAGCAAUGGGCAUGAAGCGUGGCAGUCUUAUGGUACUCAUAAAGGAACAUUCUGACUAUAAAGAUCUCUAUGAUGAAGUUAAAUCCGCGAUGACCACCCUUUCCGUGCCUCUGUAAUCUUCGUAUUUAGACUAAACUUGUAUAUUAUUUGUAAUUUUGUAUAUUGUUUUCAAGUCAAUGUACAAAAUAAAUUUGUUUGUAAUUAAUUAUGGACUAAAUCAAUAGAGCAUAAGACAAAUUGAAAAUCACAUGAAGUAAACAGUAAGUGUUUUUGUCAAGUUAGCACAAUUUAUCUCUCAAUAAUCUAUUUUGUGAUGUAUAUUGUUUGACAAA